AUGAUUGUAAUCGCGCGACCAAAUGAAUGGGCGCGUUUAGUGUUGAUGUUGAACGAGCUUUUGAUAGAUGCAACAACUUGGCGCGAUGCUUCUCUCGAUAAAGUUGAUGUGUGUAAAAUGGAUGGACCCAAAAGAGAAGUCGAUGAUCACAAACGGAGAAAACUGGGUAUUGUAAGAAAAAGUAGGAAUUAUUUUCUUUACAAAAAGGGAUAUCGUAACGAAUCAGAAAUUUUGGUUAGGAUUGAAAUUAAAAUUGAUAUCGUUGAAGUCAAGGGGGGAUGA